CCAUGGUAGCUAUGGCAGCAGCAACAGCAUCCUCGCGCUUAAUUUUCUCAAAGCCAAGCACCCCUUCACGCCUCUCCUCCUUCCAACUAUGCGAUGUGCUUGGCACGAAAUCAGCGGUACAUAGCAGUAGUAAGAGAAAGAAUGGCGGAGUUAGGUGCAUGGCUGUUGCUGGUGAAGCACCACCAACAGAGACAAAGAAGAGGAGUAGUGGGUUUGAGCUUUAUACUCUUACUAGCUGGCUUCUGAAGCAGGAGCUAGAAGGAGUCAUUGAUGCUGAGCUUACUAUUGUUCUGUCUAGCAUUUCCAUGGCGUGCAAGCAGAUUGCUUCUUUGGUCCAAAGAGCUAACAUUUCAAACCUCACCGGUGUUCAGGGUGCAACCAAUGUUCAAGGUGAAGACCAGAAGAAGCUUGAUGUUGUUUCAAAUGAGGUGUUCUCAAACUGCUUGAGGUCAAGUGGGAGGACAGGGAUCAUAGCGUCAGAGGAAGAGGAUGUGCCAGUGGCAGUGGAAGAGAGUUAUUCAGGGAAUUACAUUGUGGUGUUUGACCCUCUUGAUGGCUCAUCUAACAUUGAUGCUGCAGUCUCAACUGGCUCCAUUUUUGGGAUCUAUAGCCCCAAUGAUGAGUGCCUUGCUGACGUUGGGGAUGAGGAUGAUCCCACACUUGACAAAGCAGAACAAAGGUGUAUUGUGAAUGUGUGCCAACCCGGAAGCAACCUCCUUGCAGCCGGUUACUGCAUGUACUCAAGCUCAAUAAUCUUCGUCCUGACAAUCGGAAAAGGAGUAUUCGUCUUCACACUGGAUCCGCUCUAUGGCGAAUUCGUCUUAACUCAAGAAAACCUGCAGAUUCCCAAAGCAGGGAAAAUAUAUGCAUUCAAUGAAGGUAACUACCAGCUUUGGGAUGACAAGUUAAAGAAAUACAUUGAUGAUCUUAAGGACCCUGGUCCUAGUGGCAAGCCUUAUUCUGCAAGAUAUAUUGGUAGUUUGGUUGGGGAUUUCCAUAGGACACUCUUGUAUGGUGGAAUUUAUGGGUACCCUAGAGACAAGAAAAGCAAGAAUGGCAAGCUUAGGCUUCUUUAUGAAUGCGCUCCAAUGAGUUUCAUUGUAGAACAAGCUGGCGGAAAAGGUUCAGAUGGUCAUCAGAGAAUACUUGACAUUGAACCAACGGAAAUUCACCAGCGUGUUCCCCUGUACAUUGGGAGUGUAGAGGAGGUGGAGAAGGUCGAAAAGUACUUGGCUUAAAUGAUAUGUAAAGUGCAAAAGCAGUUAACUUGUUCUUAAAUUAUUAUAAUCAAGUGGUUUUGUUUCUUAAGGAAACAUUCUUUUUUGUUCCCCUUGUAGCAAAUAGAGAAAAGAAGAAAAAACAAAAAAAAAUUCCAUGUACCUUCAUAUUACUAUGGUCUAUGGACAAGAAAUAUGAAACAGUGAAUAAUGUUUCAUCAGAAUCAUUUUUCAAUAUAACACCAAUUCACAAGC